UUUCUGUUAAAAAAAGAUAAAAAAAAGUUAUAUAAUAAUACUUUGCAUUAAAAAUUUAUUACCAAAAAGAUCACCAAGCACAGCAGAUCAAGGUCAAACUCAGAAUCUGGAAGCAGCAGCUCAAAGUCAUAACUUUGGUGAAGUGGCAGCAGUUCAAAGUCAAACUCAGAAUCCGGGAGCAGCAGUUCAAGGUCAUGAUCUUGGUGAAGUGGCAGCAGCUCAAGGAGCUCAAAGUCAAGAUCAGAAUCUGGGUCCGAGUGCUGCAGUAAUAACAUUAGAGUCUUACCGUACUAUAGAUAAAUA